AUGGUGAAGGAAAAUGAAGUGUCGGAGAAACUGGAAUGGAGGAUCAAUUUCCCAGACAGGAAAUCGAAGGUGUUGGUCCCAGAAUCUGGGAUUCUGGACAAAACUUGGGCUGGGUUAAAAGGUCUUCUAGGAAGGUUCACCUCGAUGGUUUUGAAGUUCUUAGAAAAUGCUUGGAAUUUAGGAGUUGCAGAACCUAAGAAAGUCAUCCAUGGUGUCAAAGUAGGGUUGACCCUUUUCCUCGUAUCACUUUUUUACUAUAUGAAGCCUUUGUACGACGGUCUUGGAGGAAAUGCUAUGUGGGCAAUUAUGACGGUUGUCGUUGUUUUUGAAUCGAAUGUGGGUGCGACACUCUACAAGUGCUUUAAUAGAGUAAUAGGGACUUUUCUUGCUGGAUCUCUUGCUUUAGGUGUUCAGUGGAUUGCAUGCAAAUCAGGAGAAAGUUUCGAGCCCAUAGUUAUUGGAGUUUCAGUUUUCUUCUUAGCUUCGGCAGCAACUUUCUCUCGAUUUAUUCCCUCUGUGAAAACUCAUUUUGACUAUGGUACCAUGAUCUUCAUCCUCACCUUCAGCUUAGUUUCAGUUUCUGGGUAUCGUGAGGAUGAAGUGUUUCAGUUGGGACACCAAAGGUUGUCAACUAUUGCCAUUGGGACCUCUCUUUGCAUCAUUAUCACCAUUAUCGUCUAUCCCAUUUGGUCCGGCACUGAGCUCCACCUCUUGAUCUUUCGUAACCUAGGAAAACUUGCCGACUCCCUUGAAGGAUGUGUAACCGAGUACUUCGAGGAAGGCAAAACUGUGCCAGAAAGUGAGAAAGAUGGCAGUAAAAGAAUAUUGCAAGGCUAUAAAUGUGUGCUUAAUUCCAAGGGAACUGAAGAAUCCAUGGCCAAGUUGGCAAUAUGGGAACCUGGGCAUGAUCGGUUCAACUUCCGACAUCCAUGGAAACAAUACCUUAAGGUUGGAGCCGCAAUGCGUAACUGUGCCUAUUGUGUCGAGGCUCUCAACAGUUCCGUAAACUCAAAAAAUCAGGCACCAGAGCAUCUAAAGAAGCAUCUCAGGGAUGCAUGCAUGGCAUUGAGCUCCUGUUCUUCAUAUGUCCUAAAAGAAUUGGCCCUUACAGUAGAAAAUACCACCAAAUCAUCCAAGAUAGAUUUCUUGGUUGGAGAGAUGAACUUUUCUGUACAAGAACUUCAAGACGCAUUGAAAUCUGUUCCUAAUUCUGUCACUGAACCCACAGUGCUGUCAACCCUGGAAGCUCCCAUUAAUGAAGCCAAUAGGGAACCUAAAACAACCAUACCACUUAUCAUGGAGUUUCUUCCAUUGGCAACUCUAGUAUCUUUGUUGAUUGAGAUUGCAGCAAGAAUCGAAGAAAUUGCAAAUGCAGUAGACCACUUGGCAGGCCUUGCCAAAUUCAAGCUUGCUAUGGAUGAAAAAGCCAAUCAAAAGAAACCCAUUGAGGAGCCCACCUCGAAUGCACAAGAUGAUGAAAUGUGA